AAAAAAAAAAAACAGUCCAGCCCACCACGACCACUGAUGUCCCACAAUCCACCGCGCGCGGUCUUCCACAUUAGUUUGCUGGGUCUGAAGUGUCAAAUCCAAGAUGGCGCUCCAUGCCUUCCUCCAGCUGUCCUCCAUGCUGCGUUCUGCGGCCAGUCUGACCCUGCGCAGGAACAUUGGUCUCUCUGCUGUCGUCCUGAACCGGGCCAAAGAGCUGGACCCCGUGCAGAAAUUGUUCCUGGACAAGAUCCGUGACUACAACACCAAGAGCAAGGCUUCUGGCGGCAUUGUGGAUGCAGGACCCGCAUAUCAGAAGAACCUGUCCGAAGAGGUUUCCAAACUGGAGAGGCUAUAUGGUGGGGGAGACCUCACCAAGUUUCCCGACUUCAAAUUCCAAGACCCAAAGUUUGAUGGAGUGGCUAAGUGAAUGCUGUUCAUCUUGUAAAUCACCCAUGUAUUAUAUUUAAUAAUAAAAAGAUCAAAGAUGGUUGAAUCUUU